GGGGAAAAGCGACCAGAGUACCAAAUGCGUUCUCAAAGCUCUGGAUACACUCAGGCAACAUUUUUUAAUGAUGCAGACUGUGUGCGUAGAAAAUGCGCAUGAAAUACUGCAACUAAAACAGCGUAAUGGCCAGCUGGAGCUGCAACAGAAACUAAAUAGCCCCAAGCGGCGGAGACUCUCACCAAAGAAGCUACAAAAGCAACGCAGCUGCGUUUUCGCCCAUAGCACGUCACCAUUUGUAGCCGAGAGCCAAAAUUCGCUUAAUAUGAAUAUAGCACUAGUGCCCAGCGAUGAUGAGGAAGAAUCCAUUGCAGAGACAGAACAGCCUGUAAGUCCAUACAAGCCCUGGAGCACACGGCGUAAGUUUAACAAUUACAAUGCGGAGAACGAGCAGCCAGCGGCAAAAACUGAAGCCAAUUGGCUGCGCAAGACUCCGUUAAAUAGGUUGACCUUGGGCAAAGGCAAAGCACAAAAUAUUUCACCUAGACUGAAGCAGACAAGACUGCAAUUUGAUAAUAGCAAAGAGAGUAAGCCUGGCGAUAAGGAUAUCAUAGAAUCCAGUCCAAAUUUGUAUGCAACGCUUAAGCAAGCUAGCCAGUCACGCUCGCUGCUGCAAAAAAACGUCAACGUCAGCGAAUCAAGCACCAGCAGCAACGCAGCCACGGCUACAACCAGCAACAAUAAUCAGACCGCUUUUGUCUUGCACGAUGAUGACGACUCGUUCUUUUCGCUAUGUCCAGAUGCAACAGCACCAACGUUGCCACCGGCGCCGCUAUCAACAGCUACUGCCCUGCCUAGCUUAAGCAGCACUUCAGGUUCACCCAGCGUUAUGAUUCUCACACCAGAAACACAGGAAAUAGUCUUUGUAGAUGAUAGCUUGGAAGAGCCUAGUGACUUGAAUACAAUGGACUUUAUGGCGGACAAGGUAUCGCUAUCAAAGCUGCAACGAUACGAAGCCAAGCUAAUCGAAGAGCAGCAAAAUGCGGUAAAAAGUAAAAAACAAGCGAAGAAGCCAGCUGCUGAGCCGGUGAAAGUAAAGAAGGAAGUGCUUACAGAGCAGAUUGAAGCUGGCAAUGAAUCCACCAAGCUGCCAGAUGAUUUUGAUUUACCUGAUAGCGAAGAGGAGGAGGAAGAAGUAUUUCCAAGGCCUAUAAUAGUCAAGCAGGAAAAGCAAAGUGUCAAGGAGCGCUUUAAUAUAGACUGCGAGCAGUGUGAAAAGUAUAUCAAUUUAAUGGGCUCCAAGCUAAGCGAUGACAGAAUACGCCAGUUUCUUAGUAGCUGCAAGCAUAUCAAUGAACGUGCCUGUGAGCAGAAUACGCCUGACGGGUUUUGGAAUCCACUAAUGGUUUCCUUUGCAGCAGACGAUCCACGCAGCAAAGUGCUUGUCGAGCGACGCUUUGCUAAAUAAUAGACAAAAGUUAAAUGCACAUUUUUUAAUAGACUGCAAUGAAUAACA